UGCACCGCGGGAGCCAAGAUGGCGGCGCGCACGCUGAGGGCUCUGUGCCGGCCGCCCCUUCUCGCCGCCCGGUUCUCGCAGCGGGCCGGGACCGGGACCGAGUACCGGAGCGCGUACAGCCUGGACAAGCUGUACCCGCCGCGGCAGGACGGCGACAGCGGCGACAGCACCGACACCGCCGCGGAGGAGCAGCAGCCACCCACCCUCGACAUCCCUAUGAGUCGCCUGACUGUGACCUACUGCCGGAGCAGCGGCCCUGGUGGGCAGAACGUUAAUAAAGUGAACACCAAGGCAGAAGUUCGGUUCCACUUGGCAUCAGCAGACUGGAUUCCAGAAGCUGUGAGACAGAAAAUGGCAUCGAUGUACGGGAACAGGAUAAGCCGGGCUGGUGAGCUGAUCGUGAGCUCUGAAGAGAGUCGCUACCAGAUGAGGAAUCUGGCCAUUUGCUUAGAAAAGAUCCGAACCAUGGUCACGGAGGCUACGGAGAAGCCCAAAGUGGUGUCUAAGGAGACAACACAGAAACUCAUUGAGAGGGUGGAAAAAAUGAACCGUGAACGACUACGACAGAAAAAGAUACACUCAAACAUCAAGCAGAGCAGGAAGGCAGACUUUGACUGAGAGAGCAGGGAUCCAAGCCCUCGGCGUACCAGCUUCAUAAAGAACCGGCGUUGGCAGCGGUAGAUGAUGCUAAACUCAUGAGAUGUGUUGAAUGAAAAUGGUCUGAAAAUGUACAUAAAAAUACAGAACAUCUCCUUU